AUGUCUUCAAAACCAUACCAAAUGUUUAAGGACUUGAUAGAAGAAAAUGAGUUUAAUGAAAAUGAUGAGAUAACUCAGAGUAAUCCGCCUGAUGAAACUGAGAAAGACAAAUCAACAGAUGAGGAAUUAAAAGUUAAAGAAGAAGAGACUGAUGAGCAAGUUGAAAUUUAUCUUGCAGAUGUCAUGAAGCAGUUGGAGAAGGAGCCUUUAUUUGAGGUAUACGGUGUGUCAAAAUUUAAUUCCAAUUCUUCUGCCACAUUUUCAAUGUUAAACAGGAAAAUUCCGUGA